GUCAAGGUGUGAACUCCGCGUUUUUCCCCGCAUGUUUCCGGUACUCAACUCAGAUUGGACGGACAUAUAAUCCAUUUUAGGAUAUGUUUAGUUUAGUUAACUGACUAAUAAUUGCUAGGAUUUCCCAUAGGGUAAGCAUAUAUCCUACAGAAGUCUUUAGAAUGAAAUGACGAAACGGAGGUGUGUCUAUUCGAAGAAACUGUAAAGAAAUACGCCUCCGUGUCAUUUACUGCCAGAGAAACUGCGUCUUUUACGUCAACGACCGAUACUAUUCUGAUAACACAUUUUAGCUUUGCGGUUAUGUCUUAUAAUUUAGGUUAAAGGUAGAUUGCUGUUUUUUUUUAAUUUUGUUUUAUCUAAGAAUAAGUCUAUCUAAUUGUUAUUUCGGUUUCUUAAAUUUCGAGGAUUUGUAUUUGAAAAGGCAUGAUGUUGGCUUUUUGUGGUUCACUGACAUUCCUGAUGGUUUUGGUCACAGCGGUUUCCACACUGGUUCCGCCUCCAGAGAAUGUGACGGUGAGCUGCAACAACUUACAGACAACUGUUUAUUGGAACUACAGUGAACUGCUUCGUCAACCUCUCUUCAGAUUGAAAAUAACUGGUGAUCGCAGUUCGUGGGAGAAUUCCACUAAACAUCAUCAUUUUGACCUCUCCCCCUUGAUGUGGAAUGCUAAAGAACUGGAUCGUUACUUUGUGAAUAUAACGGCCAUUGAUGAAACGGAGGAAUCGGCAUCUCAGAAGUCCUCGAUAUUCACAUUUAAUAGAUACCUUACAGCUGACGUCCACUGCAAGUUGGAUUUCCCUGCUGUAAAUGUGUCAAUGAAGGAUAUGAAGGUCACAGUGAGCUUCGACAACCCUUACCACCUGUACACAGAACUGAAAGAGUCUAGCAUACGUGACGAUGACAAACUCUUCCUUUACCAUGUAACCUAUGAAAAUACUAAUCACACAUUUGAGUGCCAGAUAGAAGACAAAGCCUGUCGUCAUCCCUUCACAGUCCUGGAGAACAAGGAGAAGUACUGUGUUAGUCUGGAGGGGAAUGCAAUGGGCAACAGAGUUAUGUUCAACAGAAAAGGGCCCAUCUGUGGCUAUGAAGACAAAACAAUUUCACUGGAAUCAUUUUUGCUCAUGCUUUUGCCAUUGAUCAUCAUUGGCAUUGUGGCCUUUGUAGUCUUUGUGACGAUAAGGCUCUGCCAGAGAAGCAUGCGGAAAAGAAACUUGUCCAAUUUUCCAAAGACUUUGGCUUCAAUCUUAUCAAACCCACAUGACAAGAAUAUAAUGGACCUGCAAUUCGAGAUCAUAGCGCACAUCAGUGGCAUAGAACCAGUUACCCCCACAUCCCAGAGCCUGUUGGAAACUUCAGAAGAGGAGGAACCGACCACUAGCGUUGGAUUUUCGGCUAGCCCUUUUAGUUCUGGGCAGGUGGGGGAGGGCUUAUCGGACAGCAGAAGCCAAUUACGGACUGAGCUUCCGGUGACAUCGCCAGUCCUUCCGGUAACACAGACAACUGUGCUGCUGUGUGGAGAUGACUUAAUGACAUUGGAGGACAUGCAUUCCACAGCUUCUGGCUAUGACAGUCAACACAUCCCUCCACCAGAGGUGGAGGUGGAGAUGAGUGCAGGAGAUGUAGUGGUGGGCUAUGGCCCCACCUGAGCACCUCUGAACUCAGGCCUCUGUAAAAAAAAAAAAAAAAAAAGAAUUCACUGGAUGCAUUAAGAACAAUGACAUUUGACUUCACAGAACUGGUUUACCUAGGUACACUGAUACACUGUCAUGCCUAACUGAUUUUCAAUCAUGUCCUCAUUGGUGUAGCUCUUCAUUCAAAGACUCAAUCAUGGACACGCUUACUGAGGUGUUGCUGCUUCGCGUGAUGUAUUGUCUCUACCUUCUUGCCCUUUGUGCGAUUGUCUGUGCCCAAUAAUGUCUGUGUAAUAAUGUUUUGCUGCUGCCAUGUGUUGCUACCAUGUUGUCAUGUUGUGUUGCUACCAUGCUGUGUUUUCAUGUGUUGCUGCCAUGCUAUGUUGUCGUCUUAGGUCUCUCUUUAUGUAGUGUUGCGGUGUCUCUCUUGUCGUGAUGUGAGUUCUGUCCUAUAUUUUUAUUUUAUUUGUUAUUUUUAAUCCCAGCCCCCGUCCCUGCAGGAGGCCUUUUGCCUUUUGGUAGGUCGUCAUUGUAAAUAAGGAUUUGUUCUUAACUGACUUGCCUAGUUAAAGGUUACAUUUUUUUAAAUUAAGUAGCGAAAUGUUUGAAUUUUUGUACAUUUUAUUUAAAACUUUUUAACAAGGCAAACCCUAACCCGGACGACGCUGGGCCAAUUGUGCGCCACCCAAGGGGACUCCCAAUUACAUCCGGUUGUGAUACAGCCUAGAAUCGAACCAGGGUCUGUAGUGACACCUCUAGCACUGAGAUGCAGUGCCUUAGACCGCUGUGCCCCUCAGGAUGACUCAGAGAACAGUCAGUGACAAAGUGCUCAAAGCCUCCAAGAUGGCAGGCAGUUAUACACCUGUACCACUCUUUCCACCUGAGCCACUUAAGGACAAUAGGGAUCGCUGGCAACAAUGGCCAACCUGUCAUACUGGAUUUACGACCAGCUUUAUUUACGUCAACCACUCAUCCAUGAAAAUAUGACCUUGUGGAUCAACGGCACUAAAGAUUUAGCACAGUAGGAUACAAUACACCAAAUACUAAGUAUCCAAGCUAACCGACUAGGCUGUGAGAUGCAAGGCAAAUAUCACCCACGACAUUGGCCAUCCACUGAAGUUGCAUAAUUUAUUUCAAUGUUUACCAAAGCUUCAGGCCAACUGCCAUUAACCUGGUUAGAUAAUGAUUGACACUUUGUAUAAUGUUAUUUUCUGUAUUAUUGUAUUUUCUGUUGUAUUUCUUUUUUUAUGGUCCCUGGGAGAUUUCUGUAAAUCUAUCGCCAGUCCAAAUGUGUGCUGAACUAAUCUUCAGUAAACUUUACUCAGGAUGUAAAAAUAUUUUUGGUGGUUGGGCAUUGAAAUAUAAUUGAAUAACCAAAUGAAUGUCUCACACACACACACACACACACACAAAUGUAAAAUAAAACAGACGUAAGUAUUUACUAAAGAUA